GUUCCCCAUAUAACGACGACGUUCGGUUCGACACUGCGUCGUGAUGAACGUCUUGUUAACCGGUUCGAACCGAGGCAUUGGUCUCGGCCUCGUCAAAGCCAUCCUGGAGAAAAAAGCGUUCAAAACUGUCAUCGCAACAUGCAGGAGGCCAGAGGAAGCCACAGAGCUGAAGGAGAUAGAAAAAGCGCACUCCAACGUCCAUGUUUUGAAACUAGAUGUUACAGAUUACUCAGCAUUUCCGAAUUUUGCAAACGAGGUUGGUGAAAUAGUCGGCAAUGAGGGAUUGAACGUGCUUAUCAACAAUGCCGGAAUAGCAGGCAAGUUUCUCAAGAUAGGCUAUCUCAAGCACGAAGCUAUGCUGGAGGCGUAUUCAGUAAACACGGUCGCUCCAGUUAUGCUGGCCAAGGCGUUUAUGAAACUGUUGAAGCAAGGCGCUCUUAACUGUAAGGAUCAACAAGUGGGAGCAGCUGUUGUCAACAUCACCUCUGUGCUCGGGUCCAUUUCGGCGAAUGACACCGGAGGAUAUUAUCCAUAUCGUUGCAGCAAGGCUGCUCUGAACGCCGCUACAAAGUCGUUAAGCAUUGACCUGAAGCCAUAUGACGUCUUAGCGGUCAGCAUCCACCCAGGUUGGGUCAGGACUGAAUUGGGAGGAGAAAAGGCGCCCAUGUCUGUCGAAGAGUCCACGGUUCAGAUAGUUGACACCGUGUCCAAUCUUAGGCCAGAACAAACCGGGACGUUUUUAAAUUAUGAUGGGAAAUCCUUGGAUUGGUAGCAUAUUUUGUUUAAUAAACCGUACGUUUUUGUAGCUUUUAUUAAUGCA